AUGUGGGCUAAUGACACCUUGUGGGCUAUACACCAUGUGGGCUAUACACCAUGUGGGCUAAUGACACCAUGUGGGCUAAUGACACCAUGUGGGAUAAUGACACCAUGUGGGCUAAUGACACCUUGUGGGCUAAUGACACCAUGUGGGCUAAUGACACCAUGUGGGCUAAUGACACCUUGUGGGCUAAUGACACCAUGUGGGCUAUACACCAUGUGGGCUAAUACACCAUGUGGGCUAAUGACACCAUGUGGGCUAAUGACACCUUGUGGGCUAAUGACACCUUGUGGGCUAAUGACACCAUGUGGGCUAAUGACACCAUGUGGGCUAUACACCAUGUGGACUAAUGACACCAUGUGGGCUAAUGACACCAUGUGGGCUAAUGACACCAUGUGGGCUAAUGACACCAUGUGGGCUAAUGACACCUUGUGGGCUAAUGACACCAUGUGGGCUAAUGACACCAUGUGGGCUAUACACCAUGUGGACUAA